AUGCGUCGGGUGUACGAACAGCGCCUGCCAGAAGGCGCAAUGGACUGUCUCGUCCCUACAACUCCAGAAAGGAGGCAGCCCCCUGUAGAGCUGCAGCCCCCGCCGCCGCCCCAGCAAGAUGCGGGCAUCAAAGGCGGCAUUCGGCAGCAGCAGCAGCAGCAGCAGCAGGCGUGGAAGAGGGCCUCUAUCGACAUCUCAUUCACGAAAGGCAUUCCCCCCGCCUCGCGCCCGCCCUCUGCUGCCGCCAGAGCCGCGAGCGGCUCCAGCAGCGACUCUGACUGA